AUGGACUCUAUUUCCUUGCUGGGUAGCAGCCCAGCCAGCACCAAAGUCUGCUUCCUACCAUACGGGCUGAAGAACGGGUCCAAAGAGGGAUCCGGCAAGCCCACGGUCAGCAUCAUCGGUUCUGGAGACUUCUCCAAAAGCCUGACCCUCCGGCUGCUCCGUUUUUUAAAGACAGUUUGGACAAGACAGAUAAGGAAACAGGAAAAUUGCUGGCAGAGCGGUUCUGGAGACUUCUCCAAAAGCCUGACCCUCCGGCUGCUCCGCAGUGGGUUUCACGUGGUGGUGGGGAGCCGACAGCCCAAGAGAGCGGCCGAGUCGUUCCCGCACGUGGUAGACGUGACCCAUCACGAGGACGCAGUGGGGAAGGCCAACAUCGUGCUACUGGCCAUUCGCCGAGAGCACUAUUCCUCCCUCUGGGACAUCAAGCAUUUGCUGGCUGGAAAAAUACUGGUGGAUGUCAGCAACAACAGAAGGGUCAACCAGUAUCCAGAAUCAAACGCAGAAUACCUAGCCUCCCUAUUCCCAGAAUCCAUUGUGGUCAAAGGCUUCAAUGUGAUCUCGUCCUGGGCCAUGCAGUCAGGCCCCAGAGACUCCAGUCGACAGGUCUAUAUUUGCAGUAAUUCAGUGGACGCUCGACAGCAGCUCAUUGAAUUGGCCCGUCAGCUCAGUUUCAUCCCUGUGGACAUGGGCGCCCUCUCUUCUGCCAAAGAGAUCGAGAAUAUGCCACUGCAUCUCUUCACCGCCUGGAAAGGACCUGUUCUGACCACGGUCGCCUUGUCCAUCUUCUUUUUCGCUUACUCCUUUGUGCGGGACAUUAUCCAUCCUUAUAUAAAGAGCAGACAGAGUUUUUUCUACAAGAUUCCUCUGGAAAUAGUGAACAGAACGCUGCCUUUAGUGGCCAUAGUUCUGCUAGCACUGGUGUAUUUAGCAGGACAGCUUGCUGCUGCGUACCAGCUCAUCUACGGGACGAAGUACUGCCGUUUCCCACCCUGGCUGGAGGGCUGGCUGGAGAGCCGCAAACAGCUUGGUUUGUUGAGUUUCUUCUUUGGCUGCAUUCACGUGCUGUACAGUGUCUGCCUGCCCAUGAGACGCUCAGAGAGAUACCUGAUGCUCAACAUGGCCUAUCAGCAGAAGCUGAGGAAGAAGAGGAGUAAACAGCAGCGUGAACUCAUCGGAGGACUGAAGGAAAGAGCGAAGAUGCUAUUUUUGGAGAAAUUGACACGUUGUCAUCAGCAUGCUCUUUCUGCUGGCUCUCUCUCGGUCCACACUCUUGCCAAAGGACCUUAA